AUGGGAUCGAACUCAAGGUGUUGUAAACCAUGCAUAGGAGAUAGGAUCAGUGGAUUGCCAGAUGCAAUUCUUAGCCACAUUCUUUCUUUCCUUACAACAGAAGAUGCUGUGAAGACCAGCGUUUUGUCACAUAGAUGGUUCGAUGUGUGGACUUCUGUUCCCAAGAUAAACUUAACUCUUGGUUCACAGGCAGCAUUUGAACCUUUUGCGCAGUUUGUGGACUGUGUACUUUUCUUUCGUGGCUCGUCAAACAUUCAUACCUUCCAGCUUCGUUGUUCUGUAAUCGAGGAGGAUUUUUGUCGUAUUGAUCCCUGGAUUUACACUGCUGUUAGGCGUAAUGUUGUCGAAUUUGAAUUUAACCUCGAUGUGGAUGUGGACUCAAAGUCACACAGAUACGAGGGUUAUGAGUUGCCUAGAAGGCUUUUGAUGUGCAACACAUUGGAGGUUUUGAAGCUGACUCUGAAUCAUAAAGAUAUUAUCAUCAAUCCUCCCUCCGAUUGUUUCCCAAGUCUUAAGUUCCUCCAUGUUACACUCCAGUAUCCUGGUGGUCGCUCAUUGGAGAAACUCCUUACUUGCUGCCCUGUACUCGAAGAUUUGAUUAUAGAGGGACACCUUAAAGAUGAUUCAGUUGUGAAUAUUAAUGUCUCUGCACGUAAACUAAAAAGACUUCGAAUGCGUUUGUCCAUGGAUCUAGUCCGUUGGGAUGAAGGUGAUUACAAAAUGUUAGAAUAGAAGUGCAAAAGAAUUUACAUUAAUGCUGAUGCUCCGAAUCUUGAAUAGUUCAAUCUCCAGGAUAAUUUCUUGGCGAGCUAUUCUUUGAACAAUGCAAAAUCCCUAAGCAAAGCCAUGAUUGAUUUGGGGCGCCUGUAUACAUUAGAGGACCCUGACUUUGC